AUGCUGAGAAUUCGGCUUGUGAUCAGAACACAGGUCUCGAGUUCAGGCUCCCUAGCUGUGUGGAUGCAUCAUCUCCGAUCUUUGGAGGUUGUCAAAUGGGAAGACAAUUUCUACAGUGGAAAGGCCUUGAAAAUGGAGGCCGGCGUCCUUGUCCAUGAAGCAGUAAGCUUCGCAAUAACACACAACCUACUCGUAGUAACUGGUAAUGGCCCAACGGUAGGAAUCGCCGGUGGCUACACGCUCGGUGGCGGUCAUUCUUCGCUUUCCUCAAGAUAUGGACUGUCAACGGACCGAGCUCUUGAAUACGAAGUCAUUGACGGGAAUGGGCAAUACUUUAUUUCCAAUCGUGAAGAGAACAGAGACCUGUACUGGGCGUUGAGCAGAGGCGGUGGCAGCUCUUACGGAGUGGUUGUAUCCACAACGGUCAAAGCUGGUUCUGAAGUGCCCAUCAAGUUGGGAACCCUCAAGUUCUCCUCAGAAGGUAUUGAGGAGGUUGACUUCAUCGGUACUAUCGAAGCUUUCCAUGCUACCCUCUCUGCUCUUGUUGACACAGGAUGCCAACCGCUAUAUUCCUUUUAUCGGGGUGGCUUCGAUCUCUCGGCUCUAUCAGCUCCAGGUCUCACACUAGCUCAAAUUGAUGGCUUACUUGGACCCUUCUUAACCCACCUGAAGAGCCUGAAUAUCAUUUUUGAGAAAAGAAAUAUUCCCUUUCUAACUUACGGAGGGUUCUUUAAUGCCAAGGGCGGCGCCAAUGCUGUUUAUGGUGGUUCUUGGUUCAUCCCCCGCAGUCUUGCAAUCGGCACCCGCAGUCGAGAGCUCGACGAGGUAAGCUUCAAAAUACAGGACCAGGGAGCGAUACAGUUAUUCAUGGCCUUCAACCUGUCAGAGUUUGGGAAAACAUUGAGAACUCAGUCCAUGAAGGGUGGAGGAGAAUGUUGA